CGGAGAGAAAUGGCGGCGAGCUUGGGUGGCCAGCAGCAGCCGCACCACCACCACCAUCACCACCCCGCCCACCACCACCACCACCACUCGGCAACCGGGGCUCCGCUCGCACAUCUCAACCGCAGCCUUGAGAGGGUCCUGGAGGAGGCUGUCCACUCGGGAAUCCUCAACCUCAGCGGCCGAAAACUGAAGGAGUUCCCGCCCGUUAGCUACGACUUGACAGAUACGGUCCAAGCAGAUCUUUCGAAGAACCGGUUUAUUGAAAUUCCACAAGAAGUCUGUCUUUUUGCACCAUUGGAAACAUUGCAUUUAUACCACAACUGCAUCAAAUGCAUUCCGGAAAGUGUAGUUAAUCUACAAAUGUUAACAUUCUUAAAUAUUAGUCGAAAUCUCCUAUCAACAUUGCCAAAGUACCUCUUUAAUCUUCCACUUAAAGUUUUAAUUUUAAGCAACAAUAAAUUGGUCUCCCUUCCAGAAGAAAUUGGAAAACUUAAAGACCUAAUGGAAUUGGAUGUUAGCUGUAAUGAAAUCCAAAUUCUUCCUCAACAAAUGGGAAAACUUCAUUCGCUCAGAGAAUUAAAUAUACGAAGAAAUCAUCUGCAAGUGUUGCCUGAGGAAUUAGCAGAACUUCCUCUGGUAAAAUUAGAUUUUUCCUGCAAUAAAGUAUCAGAAAUACCCAUCUGUUUUAGAAAGCUGAGAUAUCUUCAGAUUAUAAUAUUAGAUAACAACCCAAUGCAAUCUCCUCCAGCUCAGAUUUGUCUGAAGGGUAAAGUGCACAUGUUCAAAUAUCUAAACAUCCAAUCAUGUAGAAUAGACAAGAAGCCAGAUUCCCUGGACCUUCCAUCUUUGGAUAAGCGAGCACUUCCUCAACCUCUCACGGACAGCAUGGAAGACUUUUAUCCAGCUAAGAGUCAUGGCCCUGACUCGGGCAUUGGUAGUGAUAAUGGAGAUAAACGGUUAUCCACCACUGAACCGUCAGAUGAUGAUACAAUCAGCCUGCAUUCUCAGCUAUCUGAAAUAGCCAAGGACCUUCCUCUGAAAUUAGACAAUCAUUUAAUAGGGAGUAAACUUGACCCUCAGAAAACCUCUUUGGAUCAGGAACCUGUAGACUUUAUUGAUAACAAUCCAGAAGAAGAGGAAACGCCACCCUCUGAAGCUGGAGAUGUGCAUCUUAGUGCUCAAUUUGUGACUUACAUAAAAGAGCGAGGGAAGCUGUCGGAAAAAUCACAGCUCAUGGAAGAGGAUUACUGGGGAGGUGAACCAAGACCUAAAGAGCUUCGGAAAAUGGUACAAGAGGACGACGAGCUAAAAGAAGUGUCUGAUUUGCGCAAAAUAGCAGCUCAGUUGUUGCAGCAAGAACCACAAACCAGACGGAGACCAUUAACUUUUAAAGCAUCAUUCAAUGAAAACUUUAUCCAGAGAAGAAGGGCAACAGGACCAGGAUCCAGACUCUUUACUCAUUCAUCUUCGAUCAAUGGAAGGGACAGAAAAAAGAAAACAUCAGAAUCCGAUAGAAGUAGGUCAGCAGAUGAAAUAAUGUCAUCAGGAUCCCCAUUCAGCUGUCAGCUUUCAGGUUCUUCUGCCAAAGUUGAAAUAAAAUCUCAAAAUAUGACCGAUGUAGAGCAUAAUUGGACUGAGACUCAGCAACAUGUAAAAUGGCAUCAUGAGGAAAAACGGCAUAACAAACUUAGAAAGGACCAUUUGAAGCAAAAAUCUUCCAGAAAGAAUCAAGAGGAGUCCGAAUUUGAAAAUGAACCAGAUGACGAAACAUCAUUCAUACCUUCACAUCCUCCAGUUCAGAUCAUACCCAGUGAUUCAUUUGAGGACGAUGAUAAACCUUUUGGUUUCUCUAUCCAGACUUCAUCAAUACCUUUUGGUCUCAAGCCUAGAUCUGCUUUCACCCGACAAUCUCGUAAGGACUAUGGAGCAAUGGAUCCAGGGUUUACCAUAAGACGAAAAAUGGAACACAUAAGAGAGGAACUGGAAGUAAUAAAACAUCUUAAACAGAACCUUGAAAUGAGAUUGAAAGUAAUGUUGCCAGAAGAUGUAGGUGCAGCAUUAAUGGAUGGAGUGGUGCUUUGCCAUCUUGCCAAUCACAUUCGGCCACGUUCGGUAGCCAGUAUCCACGUACCAUCACCAGCAGUGCCUAAACUGAGCAUGGCGAAGUGCAGAAGGAAUGUUGAAAAUUUUCUCGAGGCAUGUAGAAAAUUAGGAGUGCCCGAGGACAAACUUUGUCUUCCUCAUCAUAUAUUGGAAGAAAGAGGACUGGUGAAAGUGGGGACCACAGUGCAAGCUUUACUUGAAUUGCCCAUGUCUAAAACUCCACAAUUAUCCAAUGUAUAACAAAAGACUUAUCAGUGCUAACAGCUGUUUAUAAGGUGGUUCCUUUCAUAAACUACUACUUUCAGCCAAGGUUACAUACUAUUUGUUCAAUGACCACACCUACAAAAGUAGUUUAUCAAUACUUAUUUAUUAUAGCUAAAAGGCUAACAUCUUCAGUCCUUAAGUCAUAAGUUGCAUAUAAAUGACUUUUUUUCUGUUUUUGCUAAAUAAUUGGAUUCGGAACAAAUCAUUCUUCCUCAUUCAUUCAACCUCUGCAUGAUUCUUCUCACUGUGAACAUAACACGGAAAAAAAAUCAAUAUGUGGGACAUUGCCUUUCAUUUUUUUCACAUGUUUAAAGAGAGUCAUCUUUAUUCUUCCUUUCUCUUACCACCCACCUGCUUCAAAUUUCUGUUGAUUUGCAGCUAUUUGGGGUUUAAUUUCUGUAGGUUGAUGUUAACAAGUAACAAGCUUCAAUUGCACUGACAUGAAUAUUAAUCAUUGUAAAGAUGUCUGUUGCAUCUAAGAUGACUUCUUAAUGCAGCACAAUGAAAUUUGAUUAAUCUAUUAGAAGUAGAUUUUGGCAAAUGAGCUUUGUUUACUUUAUUUAAUUUGGUGUAUGAUACUUUGGUUAAAAAGCUUUGUUUUAAUAGCUUUUGGUUAUGUUCAAGAAAUGUAAAUUUAAGUUAUUUAAUUUUAUACGAUUUUUGGAAGUUGUUUCGAAAUGCACUGCCACAGAGAUUUCAUGCAGUUAGUACAAUUUGUGAGAAAGUUUACUUCAACACAACAUUUUGUAAACUAAUAUCUUGUGGGGGUUGCAGUUUCUACAUUAUCUUACACAACUCAGGCACAGUUUUGGAAUCCAAAUAUUGAUUUAAAUCAUGCUGUUUUGUGGAUUUCAUUUGUUGUGAGUUUGAAACAGCAGCUGGAAGGAGAGAGCACAGAAUAUUUUGCACAGUGAAAACGAGCCAGUUUUUUCAUGUGGAAUAUAUAUUUUUCCAACUUUUUUUUAAUCCAUCCUCUUACCUCUUCCUCUCUUAAAGGUGUUUGUUGUGUAUUUCCACAUCCACACUUUCAUUUGCUUCCUACCUCAAUUUUUCCAAUUCAGUCCUCAUCAGUCUCCCCAGAUCCACUAUAAGUAACAUCAAAUUCUAUCCACUAUAAGUAGCAACAAAGUAAGGUCUAAAUGCUGCAAAACUCUGCCGCGUAUAGCCUCACCUGUACCGUCUCCACACCCCCAUCACCCCACACCAUUAGCACCCUGAACGAUUGAGAACCGAUCAAUUUCAAGAUCAUCACACUCAAAUCAGUUCAAGCCUUGGCACCUCCCUACCUCUCCAAUCAGCUCACACCACACUCCACUACCCGCCAACUUCACUCAGCUGGCUUGGGUCUUCUGACAUCCCUUAUUCCCUCUGUUCCACCAUUGGCUGUUGUACUUUCAGCUACUAUGCCACGAAACCCGAACUCACUGCCUCAAUCCCUCUGUCUUGCCUCUUCUUUGCCCAUUUUCAAAUCACACCAGAACACUUUGACAUGCCUUUGAGCACCUCCCCUCUCUUCCAGCUCAGAUCAAACUAUACACCACUGCUAAGCGCUCCGAGAUGCUACUUUUAUGAAAAGCGCUAUAUAAAUUGCCAGACCUCUGCAAUUUUACAUUUAACAUUACUAUCCAGCCUAAUCCCAUUCUCUCCCAACAUCUGUAUCCACUUUUGAACCAGGGUCACUGGAUUGUAGUCAAAAGCUUGUAUAACAAUUGUAAAAUCAGUGCAGCCUACCUAGUUUAAAUAGUGAAUUUUUUUAAUAUAAUGUUUUCCCAAAAUUGGGGUACAUGUGAUGAUUAUUUGUACGAUGCUGGGUAAUUUUUUUUGCACAAAAAUAAUGAACUGGAUUUGACUGUUGUACUUGAGUUAGUCAGAGGUUAAAUAUUUUGUUGUAAUUUUUUUUAAUAGAUUGGGACACCACCAAUUUUCAAAAACAGAAUGAAAAUGUUACUGCCAGUAACAUUUUUCUACAUUUACAAUGUUGAGAUUUGCGAUUAAAGUGCAUCAUUCUAAUAAUGGAAAUAAAGAUGUACAGAUGUAAGAUUCAUUUGGGAAGAUGUUGCAAUAUGGUAAGCCACAGAACUGAAUAAAUAUAUUCUGGGUUAAUGCACAGUUAGCUGAAAGGAAUCAGAUUUGAACUCCACAUCAAACUAGGAUCACAACAUUUAUGCACUCCACGCAAUUACCCUAACCCUACCAUAAUUUCAGGGAGGAAUAUGUCCUAUGAUUCUUUAAAAAGGCCAAUGUACAUAGAUACUUAAAGUGUGUACCUUGACCUUUCCAAACAAAUUGUAAAAAUCAUUUUGUAAUUCUGAACAUUUUUAUCCUUGCUGAGACUAUUGAUGGAUGUGUUAGAUCAGUUUAGUGAGUUUAAUACAAAUUUGCAUGGUACUGGCUUAAAAUGGGUCAGUGGAUGGAUACCUUCCCACCAUCCAUCGAGAUAGGGGUUGAAGAGGUUUGAAACCUUGCAAGAGAAAAUUUGGCUGCAGCAUAUCAUUCCAUGUAAAUCCACAAAAUGUGUAUUAAGACAGUUUGAGAUGGAAAUCUGUUUGUAAUAUAAUUUUGGCUGAAAUAUGUAAAUAUAAACGUACUGCAGACACCAUAUUGCCUACUUAUUCCAUGGAGUUCAUUUCAUGCAACGUUUGGGUAGGUAUCACAUACUGUUUUAUUUUGAAAACUUUUUAACACAAAAUUCUGUAUAUUUCUGUAAUCUUAAUUCUGUGUACCACAAAAUCAGCUCUUUCUUAGGAUUUCCCAAAUGUGUAUAUGUUUUCUCUUAUGAAACGUACAAAAAUGUCUUUGUAAAUAAUUUGUAUUACAUUUUGCAUGCAUGAAGUCAUUUGACCAACCUGGGACUAUGUAUAUACUUUAUGUAUAAUGUGCAGUAUAUUUCCUAAACUGUUUCAUGUUUAAGAAAUAAACCCCAUCUUUUCAGAC